UCCGCUGCAGCUAAACUCAGCACGUGUCAUGCGAUUCAUUGGGGAUAUUGUACAGUUUUAUCGCAGCGUUUGUUUCUUAUUGGAUUCGUUUGUUCUCCUCGAUGUAGAUGUUUACUGUUGUGAGUUUCUGAAUGCUUGUCACCACGAAUACAAGAGGAGAAAAGUGUUUAUUCGUCGUAGCUGACAUCGUGACGAGCUAACGUUAGCUGAGCCGGAGGACGACAUGUUCAGACUUGUUCCGAGACACGCUGUGAGACUGGGGAGACAACGACAUUCAGAGAAUUAGAAAAUCUGACAGCUGUUUUCAUUUAUAGGGAUUUUUAAAAUGGAUUACGAGUUUCCACAACAGCUUUUCCCUUCUUUUUAUAACUGUGGACCACCGGAUUCAGUUCUGAAACACUGCGCUGGAAACUGGGGCUGUUAUGACCGCCUGAGACCUCAGAGUGGUUCUGGUCCUCUCUCUGGCUGGACGUUUACAUCCAGACAUCAGGUUAGAGGGCAGACAUGGCAGCACACAGAGCCGAUACCAGUUCCCCUUCUGUCCCCUAAAAAUACCUACCUUUGGCCUGUGACACCACCAGAUCCAAUGGACUUCAAAACACAUAUGCAGAACUUCUUCAUGGACCACUGCCAGGAUGCAUUUGGUUGCAUGAGUGAUAUUGUAGGGGAAUACUUCUACUUUAGCGAUGGAAAGUUAGUGACAAAUCGUAUGGGUUCCGUCAACAUGUGGAAAGUGGAAAACUUCCUCAAGCAGUUGGACUAUAAAAUAUGUCACAUCUCUUAUAGGUCCAACCAUCUGGAUGGCUGCAACACCCUGCUGUUUGACUCCAUUCACUCCAUUCCUCCUGAGGUGCUGGGCGGUCUGCUGCAUGAGGAGCUGACUGAGCAGAGGGACCACCUGCUGUUCUCUGAAGGAGCCACAGGGGGCUCUCUGGCCUUCAUUCCAUUCUCACAGGGCUGCAGCAACUCUCGGCAGGGAUGCCUUAUUUAUCCUGGAAACCAGGGACUGAACUGCCUCAACUUCCACAAGGUGGAGCUGCAGUACCACAGAGGAGGAUCUUCCUGUGUGGAUGCCAGCAGAGGCAGCCCAUUCAGCUUCCAGCUCAAAGGCCCAGUCAGACAGAUCAGCGCAGAUUCGCUUUUAAACCAGAGUUGUGUUGCUGUGCGGUCAGAUUAUUUCUGUGGAGUUUGGAAGUUCGUUGAAACAAAUGAGCCUCAGCUGCUGCAGGUCGUCAACACUAGAGAAGUCGCAACCUGCAUUGGUGUCAGUCCUCAUGUUUUAGGUGAAGUUCUGGUGGCAAGUGAGAGUGGAGUGGUGAAUCUGUGGACUGUCGGUAAAGGGAUGCAGAAGAUACGGGAAGAAGACAGCAACCUGUACUUUAAUGCCAAGUCUUCAUGGCGAUGGUGCGAGUUCUCUGCUCACCCUAGGGUGAUGCUGUAUGCAGACAGGACGGGGGUGGAGCUCACAGACAUUCGGAUGAGUCAAACCAGCAGUCACACUCUGUUUCGUAUCAGCAACACCUCAGAAUGUCGAAGUGGAGAGAGACUCAUUCUGUCCAAAUAUCUGGGAGAUUCCCACUGCUUCCACCACCUUGUCACUACCCAGUAUUCAGCCUACAUCAUGGACGAGCGUUUCCCUGGAAUUCCCAUGCUUAAGAUGGAACACAUGAUGCUGUCCCCGCCCAUGUUUUGUCAUGUGGUUCUUGGCUCCUCCUCCUCUUCUGCUGUAGGAGGGGCUACAACCACCAAGGUUCUGUUGGGUUCUCAGAGUUCUCAGGAGAUCACGAUGCUGCAGUACUCAGGAGGCCAAGCUGAGGCCUGCUCCAGUCAUGGUCUUCCUCAGGCUCUGCUCAGACCCAGAGACAGCCUCAGACAUCUUCCGGCUCAGCUUCCUCAUCGCCAUGAGACUGCAAACAACCGCUUGUCAAUACCUGCAGCAGGUCUGACUUGUAUCCAGACAAGUAAAGGAAAAGAAACAGACAGCAGUGAGUGUAUCUGUGUCCUCCAGCUGACAGAGGCAGGAGAUAUUUUCUACCAAAUCCUUGAGCCGGAGCAGCAGGACACCUCUCCAUCCCAAACAGCAGAGGAAGAAACUUUGACCCAACAGACUCUGAAAGAUUCCGCAGCACCAGGAAGAAAAACAACAGCAGAUUCUCAAACGAUCAUAUCAGAAACGUCAAGUGAUGAAGACAUAAUCGGGCCGACUCAGGCUCAGACUGCUCAGAUAUUUGUAGCUGAAACACAAGACUUGACACAGCAAGGAGGGGGUUUAUCAUCAGAUUCUUCAUGUGAGGAUUCAGAGUUAGGAGGACAAAAGAGACGAAAAUUGAAACAUUUGAAGCUGCAGGUUAUUGUAAAUGACGAUCCAGAGCCAGAUCAGGUAAACGGAUUGGAUGAUGCCAAAAGAAAUGGAAAGGUUGGUGAAAAUAACCUUGAGAAGCCUAAAGAAGUGAAGAAAACAGUCAGCUCAAGCAGCACAGUUCGUGCUGGUCAGACUCAGGUGAAGCUCAGCGAUGGCGCUCUUAUCUCGUGGAAACACUGGCUUCAGAAACUGAUGAAAAAGAGUUACGAGGAAAAACCUCGCCAGCGUCAGCUGCAACACUUUACAGAACCAUCUAAUGACAUCCUCAAGCCGUUGGCCCGUCAAGAGACAGACUCUGCAGAAGAAGAGCGCAUUAAAAGCCUGAGGCGUGAUCUGAGAGCGUGCAUGUCCAAACGCUUAAUGCUGGUUCACAGCGCCAUCUCUACUUCCAUCAAAGCUCCUCCUAUAGAGGGGGUUCCUGAAUCAGUGCACGCAGAGGCCUGGACAGAUGAGCUGAGUGAGCGUCUGACGGCCUCCUGGCAGGGUGAGGACGCAUGGCGAGCGUGGUGGGACGACAGUUUAGGGCUGAACAAAGAGAAGAAGGUGGCAGCUCUGAGGAGGAAGAGGAGACGGGAGAAGGAGGCGAGGAGAGCUUCAAGACGCCUGGAGCUGUCAGGGAGCUUCACAUCAUCCCUAAGCUACCAAGCAGAGCUUUCUGACUUCUCUGACUCGCAGGGCUGGUCCUCUGCGGGAAGUCAGGGAGCAUGGUCAGACACAGGGGAGAGCAUCAAGUCCCAGCCUGUGGGAAUGAAAGAAAGUGGGACACCAAAAGCUGUUCCUGCUACACCUCAGAGUGUUCGAGCUAAACCAGACAAGCUCCAGACACCCAGCAGUUCCCGCACUCUGACACUGCCGCCGACACCAAGAGUGACCGCCACGCCACCCAGUCAGAGAAAGAAUAAACGACCAGGACAGGACAUCCUCAGCUCUCUGUUUGCACCACAGGUUGAACCCUCACAGCUUGAUGGUUACUUCCAUGAAGAGGAGAGUAGCGUUCAGCCAACUCCUCCACCUGCGGCCUCCUCCUAUCAGCUCCACAGCUCCCAGUCAGUCUCUCAGAGAAGCCUCAGGGUGGACCUGUCCCAGGACACCUGUAUCAUGCCCCAGUUCUCCCAGAGUUCACAGGGACGACCCAGGCUGCCGCAGACAUCACAACCAAAGAAGAAAAAGUCACGGAUGGGAUUUUGAUUCAGUAUUUGGCGUCUGUCUUCUGGAAUAUUUAUGAAAAUUAGUUUGAUUCCUGGUUUCUUCGGCUGCCUUUGGAUCUCUAAACUGGAUCUUUUUUUUUUUCUUUUUUUUUUUUAACUGGAUUUACUCAUUAAGGAACUUCAUUUUUGAAAAGAUCCAUCACAAGAUAACAUUUGGAGGCUGAAAAAGAUGGACUGCAGAUCGGCUUGGUAGGAUUCAGUGGAAUUUAUUAUCUUUGUUUUGUGGUUGUGUCUGCUGUUUGUUAUGGUGAUAUCCUGAAUGUGUGAGAGCAGAUGGUUCACCUUUUUCUGUUUUCCUGGUUUCAUUAAGUUAAAAGUAUCAAAAAAUAAACUGACAAGAAGUGAACAUAAACUUCAACAGAGGACACAGAUGAUCAUUUUAAAGUCUGAUAUAAAUUUUAAGGAUUUUUAAAAUCAAAGUUGAACUUAAAAUAAGACUAAAAGUUAAGUCAUUAAAGAAUGUUAAGAUCUUAAACGAUAAAAAAUACCCUGAUUUGUUGGUCAUAAGAGACAUUCUUUUAGUUCUUCCCAGUCAAAGAACAUUUCAUUAUGCUGGGCUCAGACUGCAGGAGUUUUGUGCAGAUUUAACGACCCCUCCCUUCUCCCCUCUUCUCCCUUACUUUUUGGUGUUGAAGACUUGUCUAAGACUUUGGUCUCUGCUGAUGUCUGGUGGGAUUAUCUGGUCAUGAGAGGACUCCAAGUUGCUUUCUUAAAACUCACAAACAGCUUGAAGACUCUUUAACGUCUCCCUGAAAAAAUCUAACGUGUUUGAGGAAGUAAAAUCUAAGCGUUUACAACCGAACUUUGUGAGCAGGACCAUGAGACUGAAGAGAGGAUGUGAUGUAAAGAAAUUGUAAACAGUUCUUAUAGGGUUGUCAGAAUCUUUAAUUUUUUUAGACCACAUCAGAUAUAUUCAUACAUAUACAUAUCACAUCCUUUAUUCAUUUUGGGUGGUAUGAACGUCUUUUAUUUGUUUCUCUCCUUCCAUCUUCCUACCUAGGGAACGUUAUCGUCUUUAAAACAAUCCCUCAGACUGAUGUCUGUCUUUAUGGUUUGUAUCCGAUGCAGCACCAGGAUGUUAAUUGGAGCCAAGUCAUGAAAGAGUUAUGGCCGUUUCCUUUUUUUUAAUACAUUUGUCCACUGGCUUCGUUUAGAGAUACUUCUAUAAAACGUUUACAAUAUUAAGCCAGUCUUUCUUCACCCACCAGCAAUAAAUAAACCAGGCCAAUUUGAUAUAUGGUUCAGUAUGAAGGGAUUUAUGGUUAAAUAUGCAGUGCUGGGAUUUUAAUCCUGUUUCAGUUAAAAUUUUGGAGUCCUUCAAGGUUGAAUGUUUACAGUGCUUUGUGCAGUAUUGCUCUCGUUUUGACAAUAGGUUUUGUCCUGUGGAAUAUCUUGAUGAGUGGGUUUACAUAGACUUGAGUAUCCCGGUUAUGAGUCAUAUCCCAGUUUUGAUCAUAUUUUGGAUACUGUUUACCUGCACACAGAGACACCUGGUUGUUCAUUUCUGAUCACUGCAUCCUGUUUGCACAAGCUGCCAACAUCACUUUGCAGAAAUGGUGUCCACUUCUCUCCAGCAACGGGAGAAAGAAAGACUGCACUACAAGCUGACCAUCAGCCAGUGUUAAGCAGAUGUAUGUUUAAUUGAGCGGCAAUUCAUAGUUCAAAUUCAGGUCCAAAAGAAGCAAAUUCAAAUUAGGACUUGUUAGCUUAUUGGUAAAAAAAAAAUAACUGCAAAAAAGUGACUGAGAGGAUGUCCAGGAGUAAAAGUCAGAUCUCAAAUAAAUUUUAAUGAACAUGAGGCGGUUGUAAUUGUUCUUAAGUACCAAUAAAGUUUGACAGAGACUCAAAGAAAGAGCGAAACAAUCCUGCAAGUGACUUAACUUACAAAAUAACUGCCCCUUCUUCAGGAUAAAAGCCUUUAUGUGAAAACAAUUGUAGCUCAAAAUUGGUCUUGAAAAGAGAGCAAGGUUUUGCUUUUGAAAAGUACACAAGAGGAUUUAUCAUUUCUAUUUUACAGGUCAGGGACAUGUUGACAGACUUGGCAGGAUGCUUACCAAGUGCUGUCUAUCUAUCUACCACUCAGAGAGCUCUGAAAUCUCAGUUUCUUGUGAGCGUUCAUUCUCUCUUCACAGCAAACUGAACUCAUGUUUCAUUCAUUCAUUCAAAAAAUCAAGCGGUUCUGUUCACUGUUUAUUUCAAUAUGAGCAUGUUCAGACACAACACUACCAUCAGCUCAGACAGACUGAUCUGCUGCAAACACAGCAGCCUGGUUGUCUCUCUCUGGACAGAGCAGACCAGCUCCCCUCUGCCACACAUCCAAAAUAUUUGAGAGUAUCAAGUAAAAUGAGCAGUUUAAUAGAGGUCAUGCCUGUGCAGGUAGUCUACAGCUGUCAGAAAGGGGGUUCAGCAGCACAAUAUCCCAUUUUCUUUUAGAGUUGUGCAGGUAGCAAAACUGGGUUUCUCAGAACCGGGAUAUGUUUCUGAAAACAUGUACACACACAAACAGAAACUGGGGUACUCAAGUCCCUGUAAACACAAUCAAUGUUUUGGCCACAGUAGUACAUCACGACUACCUCAAAAGGGCUCAAGUUUUGUUUUAUAAGCCGUUUUCAAUAAGUGUGGGAAGUAUGCAAGUUCAAAAAACAUCUGUAGUUUGUCUACUAUUUUCAGUUAAGAAUAACAAGAAUUUACCUGAUGGUGGAUGCCUGAAUGGGACUUCAGUUUUUGUCAGUGUGCUAAGACAUCCAUGGCAUGUGUGUUUAAAUGGGUGUUCAAAUUUGAUAUUAAUGUCCUGUUUAAAAAAUUUGAAGAUCAAAAAUAUGGUAAUGUGGCACACCUACAUUCCUAGCCUGAUAAGCUUAGCUUGACCAUUUUUUACAACCGUUGUGUUGAAGCGGCACUGAAAACUCUCAUAAUAUACUUUUUUGGUUGUUAUCAAAGUACUAAAAUACAUUUUUUCAGGAUUUUCUAUAUUUCUGAAUUUCCGAAAGUUGUUACACAAAACUGAUUUACUGUGAUACUAUGGGAUUGUCUGUGGUGUAUGAGUGGAAUCUGCAUGUAUGUCUGUUAUGCUGUUGCUUCCUUUUUCUAGUUUUGUUUCUCAAACAAGUUUGUUUAAAAUGAAAGAGCAGCUCACUCACUAUGGGGAAUUAUUAUUAUGAAACCUUUUUGCAUCUGCAUUUCUACAAAAACUGAAAUAUUUUUCUAAAUAAAAUUGC